UACUGUAUUCAUCAUUCCGACAUCACAAAUGACUGUGAAGGCAGCACGGGGUCACAUGACCAGUGCACAGCUGAGGGAUGCCGAGGCUUACCCGUUGCUAGCCAGCUAGCCCCGUUUUCUGGGUCUAGCUAUUCUGGCAGAAUCCGGUGGAUUUUAUUCUACAUUUUCUAAUCAAAUUCAAUCAAGUGGCCCGAACUGCCUGUCAUGGGGAGGGUACACUGCAUAUGGUCGUCGUCUGUAUGCUCUCGUCAUGGCAGCUUUUGCUCAGGCUUCAUAGUCAUAAAUCGUAGCUAGGGUUGUCCAGUUAGCUCAAGGCCAAGCGAAGAAAAGGCAGGCCGUCGGGUGGAUCAGAGAAGUUUGGGGGAUUGAAUCUUUCAAAUCAAAUCCAGUUCAGGAUCAGUUCUUCAGUUGAAGCCAGCGCCGGCCUCUGCCAGUAUUGUCGUCACUUUCGACCCCAGAUGAGCCAUGUCUUCGUCAGGGUGCUGCCAGCUCCCCGGAUCCCUCUGCGAUUAUUCUGAGAACACUGAGCCCGAUGCCUCUAAGCAUUCAGAGGAGUCCGAUUCUACUACACAGGCCCAGUACGUUGCCAAGGUUACAGCUAAAGAUGGCCGCCCACUCUCCACUGUUGUCAAAGCUGUGAGCUUGCAGAGUCGCGUGUCGGCGCUCAGCGAUGUGGGGAUGUGUCGGAUCUGUCAUGAGGGCGCCGGAGGGGAGACACUGCUCUCACCCUGCGACUGCACUGGUACUCUGGGAAAAGUGCACAAGAGCUGCCUGGAAAAGUGGCUGUCGUCCUCCAACACCAGCUACUGUGAACUUUGUCACACAGAGUUCACCAUUGAGCGGAGACCACAACCACUGACACAGUGGCUGAAGGACCCCGGCCCUCGGAGUGAGAAGCGCACACUGCUGUGUGACAUGGCCUGUUUCCUUCUCAUCACGCCCCUGGCGGCUAUUUCCGGGUGGUUGUGUCUCAGGGGGGCCCAGGACCAUCUGCAGCUGAAAAGCAGAUUGGAGGCUGUUGGACUUAUUGCCCUAACCAUCGCCCUCUUCACCAUCUACAUCCUCUGGACACUGGUGUCGUUUCGGUAUCACUGUCAGUUGUACUCGGAGUGGAGGAGGACCAAUCAGAAAGUUCGCCUGCUCAUGCCCGACAUGAAGGGGGCGCACACCACCCAGCGUUCGGUGCCGACCAAGUCGACCAAGAAAAUGACUGACGAGACCAUCGUAUGAGUGCCGGGGCGGCGGCGAGGGAAAUAAUGCAAAUCAAGCUCACACAAGCACUCUAAAAACAAGAUUAAUCAUAGUAAUACUGAACUUUUGCACUUCAUAUGGACGAUCCUGAAGGGAAAGGGAUGCUUUCUCCUCAUGAUUCUUUGUUAAAGCACUUGAUUAAAAAAAACAAAACAAACAAAAACAAAACUACGUUAUUGGCUGCCCACAAAAAGUGGAUUUGGGAGGAACUCAUUUCAGAGUGGUGUUAGAUUAUUAAAAACUGUGUAUUCACCAGAGCUGGGGACGUGAACGAACUGACACUCGGAGAUUGAACUAACCAGCCUGACUUUUUAUGUCAGUGGCAGAAACUUAUAAAAUACUAAGACACAAGCUAAUGUAGCAGGAUAUAACUGAUUCAGCAUGCUACUACAGUAUAAUAAGAGACAUAUUCACUACCUAUAAUUCCCCUAUUAUGCCCCCUGCACAAUGUAUUUAGCUGGUUUUAAACCGUGGACGAACAGUAGUUCUGCAAAUGGAUAGGAACCUAAGAAGAUUGACAAAGUCUAGCUGUGAAUACUCCUUUUUUUUGUUUGUUUGUUUGUUUGUUUGACAAGUAGAGGGCGACUGUCGCCUCUAUCACUGUCCCUGUCUAUAAUCUGAAGCUUUUAAGUUUCCAGGUACAGCUUUUACAUUGCUUUCUCUAGAGGGAACGUUAAAUCAUGUUCCUCCUUGGUCAGUAAAGGGAGACGCGUUGCAUCAGUCACACAUGUCAAAGGGGGGGGGGGGGGGGGGGGGGGGGGUUUUUCUGGGAAUCGUAGUUCAUAAAAUGACACUAACUCGCUCUGAAAAAGUAUUGAAGGCAUGAAAAGUGUUUACAUUCUAAUUGGAUGAUGUCUCUUCUGUUGUCAUAAAAGUGCAUUAGGAAAUAGCCUCACUCCAUGUGUAAAUGCAUCACUCAUGAGCUGAGCUGGAUAGAAAUGGUCUGUGGUAAAAUGUCUUAAAAACCACAAGAAAUUAAAUUAAAAAAAUAAAAAUACAACAGCGACCGUGUUCAGAUUGGUGAGAUGGAAGGCACUGGGGAAACGAUAGACAUGCAAUUUGAGAGCAGUCUGGGCCUCAGCAAAAUGCAAAAGAGAAAUGUGCUUUGAGAUGUCAAUCGAUGUAUACUAAAAGUAUUUUUGUGUUACUGUAGUCUUCCUGCUUCAUCCCCCUGGAAAGUUGGGUUAUUGUGCAAUAAAACAUGAGGGACUCCUGGACAUCGUGUGAACUGGGAUUUGCUUACUUGUUUGCGUGAAUUAAUUUUUUUUUUAUUGCAGCAGAACUAAAAAAAAAAAAAAAAAAAGCAAUUUUGAAAAUGUGAAGUCUAAGCACAUUUAUUCAGUGGGGGGAAUCUCGUAUUAGGGAAUAACAGUGACAUAAUUUUUAGCAACCUAAAAUUUUCUUUCUUUUAAUUUUUUUGUAGAACUGAAGCAGGGUGUCUGCAUUCUUAAAAAAAUCUUAAAUUUAUGCAUCUGAAAUCAAGGCCUUACGAUGUCUUGAAUUCAUAAAAGAAAAAUAAAUGUGUUAAUCACAGGUCUCAAAUUUUGCUGUGGCAAGUUUACGUAAUCUUGUUUAUUCUGUGUAUUAUUUUUUUUUUGUAUGGAACUUGUCUGUUAUAGUUCCAGUCACUGUGUUCUGUGACUUAAGGUGUUUGAAGCUACCACUAACCAGCUGCUAAUAUACCUUUGCUAGCCCUUUUACUUCCUACCAUCCCAAGCAUAAACAUUCAGUUGGCCAAACUUUCAAUGGGACUUUAACUGGGACGAUAUUGAAGCACAAAUUAAAUUAAGAUUGAGCUUUUCAGAUGAGCCUGGUGUAAAAUGGAACGAACAUGAGAAAACUGUGUGGUGGAGGAUCUGUGGUGUUUGUUAAAUUGCUUGCCAUUAUAAACUCUUUAAAAUACUUUUGAGAUUAAAAAAAAAAAAAAAAGAUUUUAUUGAGCAGUGAAGAGACAAAGGCCAGAGACGGGGAGUCGAACUCAGGACAACCGCGUCAAAGAGUCUGUACAUGGUGUGCACGCUUUACCAACUUAGCCACCCAGUACCAUGCUUAAUUUAAAAAAAAAAAAUCCCCCAGACUUAACCAGUAAUCUGAAAAUGUAUCAUCAUUUCAAUGUAUCAUAACACAAAACACAAAUCUCUAAAGAAAUGCUUCACCAGACGCAACGUAUGUAAUGUGUUCCCCAUUGAAUAUAUAUGCACAUAAUUUAAAGUUCGGGCUCGUUAAAGUGUGCAAUUAUACAACUGCAGUGGAAGAUUGCUUGGAGGCGUUUUACACUUCACCAGGGGAGCCAGCAACUUGGUCUGUGUUGAUGCCUUGUAAUCAGGCAGUGUGGGAGUUUGAGAAGGGAAUUUUUCAUUUCUCUUCCUUGUAUGAUAUUUCUGUGUAAUGUUACUAUACACACAGCUGCUGUUCAGAACACGAAGCAAAUAUCUCAGUAAAGGUUAAAAACAAAAGUCUAUGGAUGAUCUGAUGCUCUGUUCAAUUCAAAUACUCUCUGCUACUCAAGCAUAACUGGUGUGUGGGUGAAAGUGAGCUUUUCAUUUACUGGGCAACAGUAAACUUUAGGCGGUAUCCUGGAUAUUUUUAUUCCUUUUUAACAAGUUAUUUUGUAUUGGUCUUGCAUAGAAGCAACGAGUUGUUCGGCUGUUUCUUCAUUAUGCUUCUCAGACUGUUUAAAAAAAAAAAACUGCAUGAAGCUUGAGGGAAAAGUAAACACAAAAACACUUUCCAAAUUCAAUUAGAGUCGUGAGGUUGAAUACUUAAAUGAGGACGUUCCUCCCACAUUUUUAAUCAUCGGCUGUCUAAUCUAUAGUCUGUACUGCUUUUUUUUGUUUUGUUUUUAAAAAGGACACUGCAAAGUAAUAUUGUAAAAUUUAUUUCCAUGGCAUUAAUAUAAUGUAUGUGAGCAGACAAGCUAUCAAAACAAACCGAACAAAAUAUAUUUUACACAAAAACAAAGUAAGCGUCAGCAGCGUCACAACCACUUUUGGAGAUGAUGACUGAGGGAGGAAAAGGCCCAAAGACAGGACUGCUGAUCCCGGUGAAACUGGCAGCAUUUCAAACCCAGGCCUUCAGUUUGUGCCAGCAACAGUCUACCAGAGAGAUGUCUAGGCAUACAGGGUCUCGGACAAGGCUAUACUGCUACGCUAACAUGUUAACUAGCUGGUAGCUGCUCGGGGAGGCGGGGGGGAGAGUGUACCUUCAGUCCUGUUUUUGUGCCACGAUGUUUUGACCAUACCUGGGUCAGAUUAUUACUUGAAAUCAAACUCUUCCUUCUAUCUGGGACUGAUCGGUUGUGGCUUAAUGGAACUGACUUCACUGAUUCAAAA